GCGGAACUCUGCUGCGGAGCUCCCUCUUUGUCGCCGCCACUGCCGCCUUGCAACCUUUCUCGAAUCCUCAACACAGCACAACCGCGACAAGCCCUACGAACGCGCGACUCAACAGCCAGGCAGGGAAUAUCAGCAGACGUUAUUACUGGGGCAUAGAGAACCUGCUACACGCAGCUCGUGUUUGUCCCCUUGCAAACGCCGUCAGGAGCGUUGCCUGGACUCGCACCCACCCGACACGACACGUCCAGGCCGAGCCCUUUGCGCCCUCUCCUCAUGUCGCGUCAAUUCCUGUAAACCCCAUUACCAGCCGGUCGAAUUCAUCAAGCUUUGCCGUCCGGUCAACCUGCCACCAUGAGCGCUCCUCCCAACGGCGUGCCCAAUCCGAACGGCGCCAACCCGCCCCCUCCAGGCGCACCGCCGCUGCGUCGCAAGAAGAAGAAUGCUGAUCCACUGGUCGCCCGCAAGAAGCCCAUACCCAAGCCGCCUCCGCCCAAACCAAAGACAAACGCAGGCAGUUCCAGGCCGAUACCGGGCAAGUCCGUCCACACCCAGCCCAACCUCUUAGGUGUCCAGGCUCCCAAGGUCGACCAGAAGACCCAGGAGGAAUGGAAGCAGCGCCGUCGUCAGAACGGUGGCUGGUGGGACCCUCCCCCGGCCGCCCCAGAUUUUAAGGAGUACCCCGUGUACAUCACCAAGAAGGAUAUCAAGGAAGGGCUGCGCUCCCACAUCAUGCGUUUUGCCAAGGCUCGUGGCGGUGGAAAUACCGACAUCAUGAACGACUCAGAGUUUGCACGACCCGUCACUCUUCACCGGAAGGACGCUCGUAGCCUGAACGUCGUCCAGGCUAACAAGGAAGGAAGUCCUAGCCCAACUCCUGUGGACCCGGUCGAGGCGGAGCGCCUUGAGAAGGCAAAGCUAGAGAAGGAGGCCCAACGAGCAAGCGAUCAGGCUCAGAUUGCGCCUGUCGCUGCCAAGGACAUUGUCUCCAAGAAACAGCCUCAGAAGCAGGAGAAGACCAGUACCCAGACCUUCUAUGCCAAGAGAAGUGACGCGCACAAGAAGGAAUCGACUAUUCGCUAUGAGGAAUCACUACCCUGGGUCUUGGAAGACGCCGAUGGCAAGAGCACUUAUGUGGGCGCUUACACGGCGGCACUCUCGGAGAGCAUGGCUGCCUUGCAGUAUGAGGGCGACAAGUGGCGGUUGAUACCGCUGGAGAAAUUCUACAAGUUUACCCACAAGCCUCCCUUCAAGACCUACUCGAUCGAGGAGGCUGAGAAGUUGAUGGGCAAGAAGGUGGUCCAAGGCCGCUGGGCUAUGAGAGACGGCGAGAAAGACAAGCUGAAGGAGGAGAUGGCGGCCACAAGGCACUAUUUGACUGGGCGAGCAAAGGUCAAGACGGAGAGCGACACCUUUAGGGCAGCUGCGCGGUCUGAAAAGCAGGAGCAUGACGAUCUUGAUAUGUCUGGCGACGAAUUUCAAGAUGACGACGAGAAUCCAAACAUGGAGCCGGACAACGACGAGGAUGUAAAGGAGUCUCGGGAGCGAGUUCGUCGUGAGAUGCUUGGCGCAAACAAUUUCGGAAAUGCUGAUGAGCAGGCACUCGAGGCAGAGCUGAAACGAGAACUGAUGGAAGAGGAGGCCAGAAGGAUUUAUGGUAAGGGAAUUGAGAAAAACCUCAUCAAAAUUGACAAGAACAUGCUCUACAAGCAGGACCGAGAGGAUUCGGACAACCUGCUCUCCUCGUCUGAGGAUGAUUCCGACGAGGAGAAGGAAGUCAAGCAGGAGGACGGCGACAAGACGGGCGCGGAUGCGGCAUCCGGAAGCGCCAUCAAGGGGGCAGGCUCUACCGCUGGCAAACCCAAGACGGCUCCUGACAGUAAGAAGGGCAAGAGCCUCAAGCGUCCUGGUUCUCCGAACCUCUCGGAGAUGGAAUCUAGUGGAAACGAGUCUUCCCGGAAGAGGGCCAAGAAGCAAGCGACCGGAUCUGUCCAGGGCAGCCGCUCGUCUACUCCCUUGCCUAGUUCGCAGCGGGCCAAGCUUGCCGCCGGCGCCAUGAGCGAUGGCGAGGCCACUGGAGGAGAAAUGUCGGAUGCCGGCCGUGCAAAGAAGAAGGCCCACAAGGUCACGGUGGUGAGCGGGACCCAUGGCAAGGGUACUCCCACUGGCUCCCGAGCUGGCAGUCCUGCUCCAGGUGCAAGCCAGGCCCCUUCAGGUUCUCAAUCGCCCAUUCGUCGUAACUUCGACUUCUCUCAGCCGCCGGGACCUGUCUCCGUGGGCGAAGUCGCGUCGGCCAUCCUGGCCCAGCAGCCCCCCGGCGUCCCUAUAGCGAGAUUGCUCCAGCAGUUCGGCGGUCGCAUCGGUGAGGGGCCGAACCAGACACCGAGACCGGUCUGGAUUUCGUACGUCAAGCAGGUUGCAAAGUGGGGCCCUAACAAGCUCUUGCAAAUCACUCCUCAGGGCCGUACAUAUCUGCCGCCUUCCUCAUAGGACAUCAUAGGGUGUUUGGUUCGAUGCGCCAGUGCUGUAUGCGCUACUGCGGGAAAGGGUUGGGAAACAUCACAGGUGCAGCAAUAGAAAACAGUCUCCUCGUACAUCUGGAUGAGCUUGCGUGGUCUAAUUUAGGCUGGCAAGAACAGCCUUUUUUUGUGUGUGUGUGUGUGUGUUAUGUUAUCUUUAAUAAAAUGCCACAAGAGCCACGUAGUCAUCAACAGGCCGUGGCGCUUGCUCGUAGCCGAAGGCCAUUAUUUGCCUUGAGGAUGUUCUACUUCCGUGAGCCAGUGCGUGAGACCAGUCGUGCGGGCUUCACAAGCUCCUUUUGCCUGCUCACGCGUCCAUCUGCCAAGAGUACUCCAACCCCUUGUUCCUUUCCCUGCGGUUGAUGGCCUUGAACCUGUCCGCCUCGAAGCCAUUGCUCCUAUCCACGCCAUCCCACCUGUAACCUGGUUUUAUACCAUAACGAUUUGGCGGCGACGGGCCCUUAUAUACAGGCCGUCUGCUCGCGCCGCCGCCCGCUUUUGCAGCAGCACCGCCCCGGCCACCGCUCGAUGUCGCAGAUCCGCCUCCACCGCCACCGCCCGCCUCGCCCAGAAACCGCGCCAUGGGGUCGUUCCACCUCCUCUCCUCCCUCAGCGCCUUGUUCAUGUCCUCGUCGUCGGCCGUCCGGGCGAGGGUCAUGGUCUUGGCGUCCUCGAGCUGCUCGCGGCGGCGGCGCGCCUCCUCGGCCUGCACGUCGCCCUUGAGCGCCUCCUUGGCUGCGCGCUCCUUGUCCUCGGCCGCCUGUGCGGCGCGGCGCGCCUCCGCGCGCUUCAUGCUCACGUCGACCCGCCGCCCCGUUGCGUCUCGGUAGUACGUCUCCUCCUCGCCGUGCUUGACCAGCCCCGCCCGCCGCUCCGCCUCGAACUGGUCGCGCUCCUCCUGCUGCCGCCGUUCGAUCUGUGCUGUGACCGCUGCCGCUGUCUGUAGCCCCGCGUGCGUGCCGUCCGCCAUGCGUGCCGCCGGGGUCUGGUCGUCUACCAUUGUGGGUGCGUCGUCUUCGGCUGCUCGUGCCGCGGCCGUCUCGGCGGCGGCGGAGGCGAGGAUGGCGUCUGCUGCUGCGGCGGCCUCUCUUUCUUCUUUUGAUGCUGGGCCGCUGGUGCUGCCGCCCCCUAACGUCUUCCAGUUUGCCUUUGUGGUCUUGCGAAGAUCCUUGACCUGGCCCACCGUCACGGGGCCAUCCUCGUCACCAUCGCCAUCACGCCUUGGUUUGCUGGAGCUUCCCCAGCCUUGAUCGUCGUCGUCUUUUAUGAGGAGCCCGCCGCCGGAGGAUUUGUCGUGCUUGCGCUUUCGCUUCUUGGAUGAGGGCUUGGUGUCUGGAGUGAGGUAGUGGGUGGCGAGGUAGGAGGAGAGGUCGGAGGGCAUCGUGACCGCUGGGAUGGGUGUGGUGCAGGGUCGACGGUGACCCUGCUUGUCUGGCCUUGCCGCCGGUCAGCUGAUAUGGUUAUUGCGAGGCUACACAGUUGAUGUGUGGCAGCUAUCGCGGCCUCGUCUGAAAUUUGAUGGAGUUGUUCAGCCUUACGGCCGAGCUACCAAUCCAGAUCGGCGGUCGCAUCAGCAGGGCCUCUUCAACGUGCACGCAGGCAGGCAGGUGCGCCUGGGACUGGGCCUGGUCUGUGCAUUUCCCCCAAAGGCAGGGGGGGCCUGACGCAGCAGCGACGGCUGCAGGGUUGACCCCCACAAUGCGAAGCACA